GGCAUGCUGCUUCGUCCCCGGCGGCUAACCUCGUUCUCACCGCCGUCGCCAGCUAGCCCCGACGCCGAGCUGCGGCCGACCGGGGACGUCCGGGUGACUACGUCUGAUGCCUUCGCCCCUACUCCGGGCGCGAUGGCGGAGCCUGGUUCUCCCAAGGCUCCCGUGUCCCCGGGCUCGGCGCAGCGCACUCCCUGGAGUGCCCGAGAGACGGAGCUACUUCUGGGCACGCUGCUGCAGCCGGCCAUGUGGCGCUCACUACUGCUCGACCGCCGGCAGGCUCUGCCCACCUACCGCCGCGUGUCGGCCGCGCUGGCCCGGCAGCAAGUUAAGCGCACUCCGGCUCAGUGCCGCCGCCGCUACAAGUUUCUCAAGGACAAACUCCGAGACUCCCAUGGCCAGCCGUCCGGACCCUACGACGACCAGAUCCGCCAGCUCAUGGGUCUGCUGGGCGACGAUGGGCACCGGCGAACCCGCCGUCGCCCUGCGGGGCCUGGACGUCCCCAGCGCCGCGGCCGCUCGACCCUCGCGGUGUUAGCGCCCGCACCUACAGCAGUCGAGCCAGGGGCUACGCAGCAGGUGACUGCGGAAGACGCGGACCCCGCUUCCGCUCUCAGGUUCAGCUCCUCCACUACGAAGUCUGCAGAUUCCCGCCGCAUUACUAGCUCCCCUGCCCCUACGGCUGAGCCCGGCCGGGCCCUCGGAUCCUCCCCGCCACCAACCCUCAACUAUGACACGGAGGAACCAAAUGAGUCUCCUGGCCUUCCCCAGGAUCGUGCGGUCCCGCAAGUUGCACCGCAGUCUCUAAACAGCGCUCUGCUGCAGGCCUUGACGCACUUGGGCGACAUCUCGACAGUUCUGGGCCCUCUGCGCGACCAAUUGGCGACCCUGAACCAGCAUGUGGAGCAGCUGCGAGGUUCUUUCGACCAAACAGUUUCCCUGGCUGUGGGCUUCAUUCUGGGCAGUGCAGCCUCCGAGCGGGGCAUCCUUGGGGACCUGCGCCAAUAA